GCUGCUUCACUAACUGCCGUUUACAUUUCCUUGAAGCAGAAGCUAUGAAGAGCAUCUCCUUUAAAAAGGAGUGCAUCACACAUGGGCAUAACCUGAGUUGUGUAUGAGGAAGGGAGCCAAGGGGGAUUGGGUCUUUUGCUCACAACUUGGUUUCAUUCUUACAGGUAGCAAUGGCUGACUCUUCUGCAGUCAGUACGCCACUGUUAACUGAGCAACUUCUUACAAAGGUGUCGGACUGCAAUGGGCUUGAUGUUUCAAUAGCCCAGGAGCAUCUAACAAUCUGUAAGCCAGAGCCUAUCUGUGUAGAGGAGGUGAGCUCCACAGUGCUGCCCCCUGUCUGCCCAGGCACAAAUGACAGAGAAAAAGGACCCCCUAGCAAUAGUGCAAUCUACAGCCUGGGUGCCAAUCAAUGUUUUCACUGCCUGAUCACCUUCCCAGAUGAGAAGUUCAAGGAGCGGCACAUGAAGCGGGAGCACCCAGAGGACUUCGUUCAGGCCAAUCUGCGUGAUGCUCUUUUUGUCUGCUUCAUAUGUAACAAGGCCUUUGAGAGUUCUCGUGCGCUUAUAUGCCACCAGCGGGGCCAUGCGCCAGCCCCGCCCUCUGACUCUACUGACUGCUUGCGCCCUACCUUUGACUGCCAUGACUGUGGCCGCCGCUUCAGCCAGUUGGCCAACUACCAGCGUCACCGCCUGGGCCAUGCCGCGGGCCACAGCUUGCCUCACCAGUGUCCGGACUGCGGCAAGAGCUUCCGACAGCUUUCAAACUUGCGUCGGCACCAGGCUUUCCACCAGCAGACCCAGGAGUUGCUGCCCUCCCUCCCCUAUUCCUGCAUGGAGUGUGGGGAGAGCUUUAACCAGGAGGCUGGGCUGCAUGAACACUACAUCCGCCAUGCCCGCGGGGAGCUCUAAUAUAAGCUGUAGCUUUGUAUCUAUUCCCUGGAUCCAGGUGGAGGCAGAAA